UGAUUUUUCACAAUAUCAGUUCAAUUGUAUUUUGCAGAAAUGGGAUCUUCUGAAGGUCGAAGAGCAACUUUAAUGGUGUAUAGAAAUCUACUCAAAGCAGUGAAAAAACAUAUAGGGAGGGAAGAACACAAAGCUCAUUUUACUGAUUUCAGCAGGGAAGAAUUCAAGAAGAACAUAAAUCUGGAAUACCUAAAAGACUCUUCUUUUAUUCAGCAAAGAAUUAAUCUUGCUCAAAAUUAUACUUGUCUUCUCAAUAGUAUCCAUCAUCAUAAGGACUUGUUAUUUUCUUACAACAUCGCAGUGGAUAGAUCAAAUGAGAUGACAAAAGUGCUGGGCAAAUCUGCUGCAAGUGUGGGUCUACGCCUUCCUGAUGUUUAUCAGCAUUAAAAGUUGUACUGGUGUCAUGUCGAAGGUGGUUUCAGAUGAUUCAACAAAACAGGAAGCUGAUAUCGCAGAUAUCCUAGAACAACUUUCAUUCAUAUCUCCUUAGGAUAACAAUUUCACAGAUUUGUCCUAUGCUGGACAGAAUGUUUUUGGUUUGAUGAACACCAAACCAUGAGAGACAAUCAGAAUAAUGAAGAAUUUUUCGCGUUUGUGAAGACUGCUUCAAAGUAAUAUAAGAAAUUGCCAAGCUAGAGAUAGUUGUGCCUGAUAGGUUUCAUUGCAUAUGAGAACUCAUUAGUCCAUUUGAACAUGUUGUUUCUGUUUGUUGCUAUUGUCUCUUUUUCACUAUUCAUUCUACUG